GGCAAGAACUUUUGGCAUGAUCCACGUUUUUAGUCUUUUGCUCUCAAUGACUUUUUUUUUAAUAUGAAUUUACUAAUUAAGUUUAGGUAUUUCUGUUGGGAAAGCCGCGGGAAGGAAGAAAGGUGAGAAUAUGAAAAAAGGAGAUUUGUGUUGUUUUCAACGACGACCUCUUCUCCUCUCUCUUCCUCCUCCUCUUCUUCUAUAUUACAAUUUCAUCUCUCCUUUUCCCAGAUCAUCAUCAUCAUCCUCCUCAUCAUCAAGCUCUCUCUUUCUCUAGAUUUUGGACAUUUCCUCGUAUCGUAUUCGAAAUCCUCUGUUCUAAUUCCAACAAUGGCAACGGGAAAUAGAGCGAGACCAUUGCCAAAAUUUGGGGAAUGGGAUGCGACUAAUCCUGCCUCGGCUGAAGGAUUCACUGUCAUUUUCAAUAAAGCUCGUGAUGACAAGAAGACCAAGAAAACCGCUGUCGCAGGACCUGAGAGUAUUGUUUCACCUCCAAGAAAUGAAGAACCUCCAAAGAACAACAACAACCAUCACAACCGUAAUUCCCAAACCCCACGAUCAAAGAAGAAAUGGCUUUGUUUUCGUUAACUCUGGUAGUGGCUCUGUUCUGAAAAAACCAACGAUAAGCAAGCAGAAUCGCGUAGCCGAGUAAUCUCCAACAGAUUAUAGCGACCAAACCUGUGAUCGUCUAAGAUGUUGUUGCAAACUUGUCUUCUUCUUCUUCUUCUUGCUAGUUGAGUUUCUCUUUUCCUCUUUGUUUUGGCCACAUUUGGGUAUAUGAAUAUACGUUAUUCUUGCUGCUU